GUUCGGAGGUUAAGAGCGGGCUCCUAGCAUCCGACGCGACUCGCGAGACGAGCACAGCACUCCGUCUUUCUGUUUCCCUCGGCCACCGCGAUUCUUGCUUUCCCCAAUCGCCGUACGUCCCGCUUUUCACCUCCUCCUAUUCCUCCCCAUCAGCGCCGCUCUUGACUCCUUUCCUUCGUUCAUCCUUGAUUCCCUCUUCGUCAACGCUUCCCUGCCCCGCAACCCGGCUACAUCUCUUCCCUCUUUUCCUGUCCAACCCUCCCUCAUCAUCCUCCCUCUGUCGCUCUUUCUCUCUGUUUCCGCGCGAAUGCUUCACGUGACCAGAACGUUCUAUUGAUUGUCGGAGGCAGUGCAUGCGCCCUCGUCCCUCGCGAUAUCUGCUGCCAAGAGGGUAUUAUAGGUAGCCCGCGGCCACCACCGUGGAACCGUUCUGUGUCGUGUUCCGUUCGCCAACGAGACGGACCCGAGGAACGGAACGGAACGGAACGGAAGCAGAUCAGCAACGAGGUUGUCCGGGUAUACAGAGGGGAAGGGUGAUAGCGGAUCCAGGGGGUGGAUGGCAGCAAGAAGGGGUGAGAGAAGGGAAGUGCGGUAGAGGCGCAAGGAGGCACGUGGACCAUGCCAGGCCAAGGAUCGGAGUGGUGACCUAAAACUCAUCCCCGGCUCUGUGGCUCGAUGCUUACGCUACGGCUGGUGUCGACUCACUUCUUGAAGCAGCCAUAGGCAGUGCCCUUCGCCUUCGAGAAAGGGCUCGAUGCGAUGUGCCGUGAUAGGGACAUGAACCCAAAACAGAUCGAGUCGAAGGUUCUCUUUUUAACGUCGUAUCGGUUCCCGUGCUCGGUUUAAGACUUGAGAAACACGCCGCCCGGGGGGAGAGAGUUUUGAACCGUGCGCGUCAAGCCACGUCGACGUCGGAGGGACAAGUUUCUUCGACGAACGGUUUCCUUCGUUUCGGAGGAUUUCGUGCUCCACCUCCUCCUGUUUUUCUUUUUCUCCCCGCUGCCCCCGCGAUCUCCAUUCGCCCCACACAUCGUUCCUUGCCCUUUAUUUUCGAGCAACCUCUCUAUCCUCUAAACUGGGUCUUCUCUUCCUUCCUUUCUUCCCUUUUCUCUCUGUAUACCCACCUAUCCGUCUGUCUGUCGAUACUUCUUUCCCUCUUCUCUCUCUUUUUCUCUGUGUUUCUUUGUCUCUCUCUCUCUGUCUCUCUCUGUUCGCCUUUCGUUAGCUCUCUUUCUCUGUCACUUUCAUCCUCGAGCUCCAGGUCCGGUAGCCCGGUGAGCGUGGAAUCGCGGGAGCAAACGAAAAGAAGGUUCCGGUACCGGAUACCGUGACCCAUCGCGAGUUCGUUCGGAAAAGUGUGAUCGGUGACGUAUUUAUGAAGAGAAAGGACGGUAAUAAAAAGGUAGACCGUACCAGCCCGUAGCAUAACAUCCAGAUCGACGACAACGACAAAGGGACGAGUCAAGAAGAUAAUCACCGGCUGGGAGAAAGGUGUAGCGCGAGCUAGAUUCCAGGCUGAACUCCGUUUACUUCAACCUGUGGAGGGUCGCGAGGGAGUGCAUUUGCGGCGGUGGGUCGCGGUGUAGGCCAAGUGGGAUGAGACGACCUCAGCAAGACCAUCAUCACCAUCAGCACAACAACCACCAUCACCACCAGAAUAAUCAGAAUCAUCAUCAUCAUCACCAGCAUAGAUCUUCGGCGAGCCCCACCGGGCCUCGACAAACGAUUGACAAGGACGAGUCCCGUUUGGCGAAAGUGAAGCGGGUGUUGGCGGUGUCGUUGCUGGGACGCAACGGGGGAUCCACGAAGGUGUUCGGCGCACGGCUGGAUUCGGUCGAGUCCUACCUGGACACGGGCGUGCCGUUCGUCGUGCACCGUUUGUGCAGCUACAUCGAGGCGCAUGGGUUCCAGAGCGCCGCUGUGUUCCGACUGUCCGGCGGCAGCCCCAGGUUGGCCGAGAGGCUGAGAGCCGCGUUCGAGAGGAGAGGAGACGCGGACCUGGAGGCUGCCGCUUGUCCUCCGACCGCAGCGACGCUUCUCCGGCAGUACCUGAAGGAGCUGCCUCAACCGGUCGUGCCAUCAGCGCUCGUCGCCAGGCUGCUGAUGGUUCACGCCCAGAAUUACGAGAACGACCGGGAUUGCUGGAUCAACUUGACCAAGGAACUUCUCUCGACACUACCAUCCUCGCACUAUCGUUUGCUCGGUUACCUGGCGAUUUACCUGAGCAAGUACGAAGCUAGACAUGGACGCGGCGCGGGCGUUUGCGGGGUGUUCGCCCCCGUGAUACUCCCGCACGUUCCGCCAGCGACCACACUUCUCCGGGACAUCCUGGCCGAGGCGAUCGAGCUCUUCCCGGACUGCAUCCGUGAUAACAACGCGGUGAACGGCGUGAUCCCUGCGAGUGACUGUAAAAUCUGCAAGGACUCGAGGGACGAGCCCAAGGAGUCCGACACCGACGGCUCGUUCCUGCUUUGCGCGCUGAAACCGCGUAAGCGCAAAGAACGCCGUGAGUCCUGUUGCCAGGAGAGGAAGUUGAUAAGGAGCAACAGCGAGGAGCGUGUCCUCGACAGUCCAGCCGAGACCGCGGACACAAUCAGGCGCGUGAGCAGUCACGAGGACUUCAACAGCGAGGAACACAUGCACAUUUUGUCACAGCUAGGACAAGAAAUGGGUCAUGGUGUGAGAUGCGGGGGUCUCCCUCUGCACGAGAGAACGAACGUCUCGCCGAUAUCGAAGAAGACCUCCUCGUUCCCGUCCCCGUGCGAGACGACCGCUCUGGAAACGGAGAAGUUCGAGCGCGAUGCGGAGAAGUUGAGGAGCAGCGAGCGCUUCAGCAGAAGCAUCACGCCGCGUGGGAGGAGGCAGGCCAGGAGAAGAAGAGUGCAUAAGAUCGUCGACGCGGAGAACUCCAGCAAGGAGAAUGAGGACGAGCCGGAGAUCAUUUACAACGUGUCAUCGGGGCCCAACAGCCGCAACGGUUCGCCAGGUCAGAGCUUUUUGGAGAUGCUGAGCAGUGGGCCGAGUCGGUCACCGUCGCCGGCUCGCCCGCCGACCGUUGGCCACGAAGACCUGAACAAUCCCAGUUUAACCAAUUGGACGUUCCAGCGCGAGGAAAAUGGAGAAGCCGGUGACGCUCGAGUAGAGGCCAUGCUAUCACCGAGGAAUUCCCUGUUACUGCCCAGACGGUUCUACUCGGAGAACGAAUCUCAGCCCGGCACGCCGAACAUCGCGGAGAUCGGUCUGAAACAUCUGACCAAGCACAUAAACGGGCUGAAGAAGAAGAUCAAGAAGUACGAGGACGAGUUCGAGGAGAACUUCGGGUACCGGCCGAGCCAUUCCGAUAAAAUGAGUAACAGGGAUAUAAAGAGACUGUGCACGGAGCUGAACAAAUUGCGCAAGGAGCACAAGCUACUCAAGGAGGACCCGGUGAGCGCGUUACUGGCGAACGCGAACAACAGAACGAAAUCCAUCUGCGGCAGUCCGACCAACAACAACAACAGUCAGGAGAAGUCCAGGGCUACGUCCAUGGAGGAGAUGGUGAAGGAGGUCGAGAAGAAGCUUAGCGAGAAGAGGGUGAAGUACAAUAGACCUGACAACAUGGAGGAGCUUACGUACGAGCAAUUGAUAGACGAGAAGACCGCGGUGCAAAAGGCUUUGCUUCACAUAGAGAACACGUUCGGGAGACCUGCCUCCAAAGAAGAUCGAACCGUUGUGCGACCCUUAUACGAUAGAUAUAGAACCUUGAAGAGAUUGUUGAUUCGAGCUGGAGUGAACAAAAACAAAGACAGUAUUUCGGAAUUGGCGACCAUCUUGGAGCACGAGGCAAUGGAUUUUACGUCGUCGAAUCAACCGGGCAGCCAGUCGGACACGGAGAGAAGAGCCAGCGAGCCGGACAUGUCGCACAGAGGCAUUUUAGACUGCAUAGAUUCGGUAGAUCAAUUACCAACGGAUAGCGAUAGCCAGCACAGCAGUAGCGAGGGGAGCCGUAGCAAUAACGAAAGCCUUCACGCGCUUCCACAAGAGGAACUGUUGGUCCAACAAAAACUGACCAGAGAGGAGAAGAAACGUCUUCGUAGAGCUUUGAAGGAACUGGAAGCGCAAUUCGAAGCUCGCGCCGGGCGCAGGAUGCAGAGAGAAGAUCGAGGCCCUCAAGUCACCACCGUUUACGAAUCGUACAAACAGGCCAAAGCGAAACUUAGACUGAUCGACGCUCUUAUAGCGAAAAAUGCUUGACGCAGUAUCUAAACGGCGGACUGACCGACCGCUCGCGCAUAGAAGAUAAACAGUGAAACCCCAGAAGCAUCAUGAAACAUUACAGAACCGUGCACAAUAGCUGCUAUACCAUCGAUCGCGAUUGCACUCGUACAACGCAUUACAUAAUUUCUAUUGUGUAACAGAGAGUUCAAGAGAAACAAACACGAAAAAAUGCGGUAUUGGAUUUGGGGGAGACUAUUAAAUUACCGGAGAAUCAAAAACUUUAAACCUGUUAACCGGGUAAUCCUUUGACGGUAAACAACAAACAUUUUGCCACGAUGUAUACAGUGUAGUUUAUACUACUGUUAUUGUUACGAUAAGACGAACGGUCGGAUGAAUAGGUAAAGGGGAACGAGAAGUCGGUGAAAGAUUACGUCAAAUACGAGCGACGAGUUAACUCGUCUUUCCCGGUUAAUAGGUUGAGACGCAAGGAAACAAAUGUAACUUUUGAACGAUGAGGGAUCGAGUUGGUCUAAGGAUACUGAUAAACGCAAUUGUCAAAUGUGACGUCACGUUGUAUGUCUAUCGUUGUUUCAAGGACUCGUAGAUGUUAUGCUACGAGAUAUUAAAGGAUGCGAGAACCCGUCAGUCUAGUACUUUGAACUCUAAGCACCAAUAGUUAGAAAACGACAGUGGCUGCUACGAUACCGAAACGAUUCGCCAAUUUGCACAUGACUUUCUCAUAAUACUCAACAUCGAUUUUAACACAGCGAGAGAAAGAGAGAGAGAGAGAAAGAGAGAAAAAAAGAGAGAGAGAGAGAGAGAGUGCUUAUCUCAUAAUAUACUAUCGGGAUUCAUUACAAAUGUCUACCUAUUUGUAUGGACGAUUUUGCAUGACAAAAUAUUUCAUUGAACGGGAAACGAUGUCCACACACACACGCGUAACACAGUGCGAACGACUUGUUCCAUCGACAGUUUUGUACGUACUUUUAAUAACGUUGACAAACGAUUUAUGAUUUUAUACGAGAAAUCGGUAAAAAGAAAACAGUUGCUUCCUCCUAUUUCACAACGAUUUCGCUUUUAUGCUGCGUUUUUUAUUGUAAGUGUACGAUUUAUUCGCAUCUAUUACGUUCACGUAUUUAUUCCUGUGUAUCCAAAUAUCGAACGGUUUAAAAACCGGGGGAAAAGAGGGAAGAAAAGAGAAAUGAUGUUGAUCGAGAAGUUUAUACGCUAUACGUGUGUCUCUUGUCCCGCGGAGAAAGUAGUUAAGAACAGUCACGGAUUGACAUUGUGAGAGAUUACUUUUAUAUCGAUAUAAAUACGAUAAGGACGUUUUAUAUUUCCUUUUGGUUUUUAUACGGAAAUUCUGAUACAGUUGAUUGUUUAGUCGUAUCGCUUAAGAUUUUCUGAUCGAUAGACUCGAUGGUAGGAAGUGUAUUUCCUUUUUACAAAGAUACUGCGACACGUGGGUGAGGAGACUUUAUUCGUUAUUCGCAUAAAAGGUAUCCGAUUGUCCAAUCUAUAAGUCGUUUCGAAGAAAAUCGGUAUGCUCGUUUUGUUCUGCAAGAGUUCGUCGUCAGAUUAAAUACCGAGAGUAAUGAACGAAUUUGUGGGGUUAUUUGUAAUGAGGACGUAGUUCGGUCUACUUGUG